AUGAUCGCCUCAGAGGGAGCAUUGUGGCUAAGAGAUAUUGUAGCUACCUAUAGGAUCACCGGUAGCAGCUUGACGACCCAUGGGCUCAAGGCUACACUUUUGACUUGGGUCACCAUCAGUGGAACUUUGAGCUUUGAUCAAAGGAGAGCACUUGGCCACCACGUCGAUCCAGGUAGCCGAGCACCUUUGACUUACAGUCGGGAUAAUGCCAUAGGUCUCCAAGUUCCCUUAGCCAUGAUGUUGAAAGCCAUAGCUGAAGGAAGGUUCGAUCCGGAUCUUCCCAGAGCAGCACAGGUGGACAGGCAGGUUGAUCAGCUCCUCAUGGAAGUGGGUUCAACUGAUGCUGGAUUUGUUGUGGGCCUUCAGCCGCCCUUAGAAGUCGACGGAGCUUUGAGUGACGGGACCGAUGUGGAUAACGCACUGGACAUCGAGGACAGUGCCGAUCAGGUCGACGUUGACGAGAUUUGCAUCGAUGCGAACCGAGCAGCAGGCCUGGUGACUCAGCAUAGGUCCAGUGGAGUUUUGCAUUUUGUAGCCUCGCAUGACAAGCUAGUUUGCGGUAGGAAGAUCUCAAGGGCUUACGCCAUUGUCGAAGACGAUUUGAUUGCGAAGUGGCCGCUUUGUCGGCAGUGUCAGAAGUCCGGAGGUGUGAAUCCUGCCACGUUCUCAGAGGCCGAAUUGUCAUCCUUCAGGCGCUUGUAUUAUGAGGCACGCACCUUGGCAAUGGGUGACUUGAGAUCUCGCUUGGAACGCAAGGAUGGCGAAGCACCUCGCAAGAUUCCUAUGGCAGAACGUUCACAGCUUUUGGACCUCCUCAAAAAUGAGCUGCCAGGGAUUACGAUCGAUUUGCAACUUGAGCCUGCGCACAAACUCGUUGACAUGGUCAAGCAGCAGGUGGAGGACAAUUGCAUUCGUUUCAUUCCCUUGAAAGAAUGUUUGAGUCGUGCAUCCGAAUUGCUAAAUCACAAGCAUGAGUCGGCCCUUGAGUUUUCAGGUGACGGUACUCUGAGAUUGACUAAGAAGCAAAAAGAGCAACAUGCCGACGUUCAGGGAGAUUUAAAACUCAAGAUGGCGUUUCAGCGACGCGCCUUGGCCUAUCACAUGGUUGGAGUCUCAUCCUUUUUAGUGCAAGAUAAGAUCAUUAGCUCUUGGUUCGCUCUCCUGACGAAGGAACCGGCGUCAGGUUACCGAGCUGUGACAUUGCAACAGUUGGUUCAAGCAGACCAGGAGCUUUGGCUGCAUGCUGCGCAGGAGGUUCGAGGUCAGAAUUUGCUUGCGACCCCCAAACCUUUAGAUCAGAUGUUGGUGCAGUUGCAACAGAGUGCAGAGAUCCGAUAUCAUUUGUUGCCAUUGCCAGCGACUCAGAAGGAUCCCAAAGAUCCUCCCAAGAAACGACAAAAGGGUGAUCAGAAGGGUGACAAAGGCUUGAGUGAUCUUGCACCUCGGGAUAAGGAAGAGGCUGCCUACCCCGCCGAACUCUGUCACAAGCAUACUUUGUCCCUCAUUGCCGAAUGCAAGAAGCGUGGAGCCCAGUUCCCUGACUCUGCCUUUGCUCCGUUGGGUACCCUCAGUGAGCUUCCACUGCCCACCAAGCACGGAAUUCGAGCCCUCCCGCCAAUUGUGAGUGAGUAUGGUCUCGUGACAGAUCAGCAUCCGGGCUCACAGUCUGUGGAUGACUUGAAGCAGAACGCCGUGUGGCUUAGGAAGCGGUCCAUAGGUAAGUGCGUGGGUUCUGGCAACCGUGAAAUGGAUUGUACUGUAUGGAGCAAGACUCUCAAAGAACGAGACUGUGGAUGGAUUUGUGGUCCUUUCACCGAGCAGGAGGUGGACGCCCAGCUGGGUCAUUCCCACUGGUUGGCCACUCGCAGGUUCGGGCUACAGCAGCCCAAUAAAGUUCGGUUGAUUGAUGACUGCUUGUCCUCAGGUGUCAAUUCCGCUUUCACGGGGACCAACAAGCUGACCCUCAUGGGGGUUGAUGCCCUGGCGUCCUUAGUGCUUUGUGUGAUGAUCUCGUCAGGCGGGGACAGCUUUUUGGUCGAGCCUAGUCCGUUGUGGCAUGGUAAGCUAGAGUUGCUUGGCAGGACUGUUGACCUGGAGUCAGCAUACAAGCAGGUAGCAGCCAGUCCCGAAGAUGACUGGGCCAAGAUCAUUGUAGUUUUAAACCCGGAUUCCGGACAGCCGGCCUUCUUUGUCACCACAGCCUUGAUGUUCGGCGCCACCUCCAGUGUGUACAGCUUCAACCGUGUCAGCAAGUCGAUCUGGCACAUAGCUUGUAAGCUUUUCAACCAAUGGUGCAUUAACUACUACGAUGACUACCCUUGUCUAGACCCAUCUGAACUUGUAGCUUCAGGAGCACAGUCGUUCGAAGGCCUGCUCGAGGCCCUGGGUUGGAGGUUCGAUAGUGCAGGCCCCAAGGCCACUAAGCACGCGCAGGUCUUCGAUGUCCUGGGCAUUCGUGUUGACUUGUCCAGUUCCCAUGUAGGAAGUGUCUCCUUGGAGAACAAGCCCACCAGAGCCGAGCGACUUCUGGAGCAGGUCUCCGCCACUCUGACGGAAGGCCGAGUGCACUCGUCAAUGGCCGCCACACUGCACGGCCAGUUAAACUUUGCGCAGAGCUUCUAUUCCAUAUGCAAUCUCAAGCCAGCUAUGCUGAUCCUUUCGGAAAUUGCCAAUUCGGGUUGGAAGUCUAGGCAUGCCAAGCUGUGGGCAGUUGCGGCUGCAUACUUGGCAUUCGCUUUAAAUAAUUCCCCCCCUAGGACUCUUUCCAUCCAGGAUGAACAGCGGCCCAUCCUUAUUUUCUCAGACGGGGCUUGGGAGCCCGAGAGCUCCGUGAAGGCGGGAGCCGGAGUCGUGUUCAUAGAUCCCGUCUUAGGAACUAGGAUUGUUAAUGAGGUCAGCGUUGACCCUAGGCUCUUAGAGAGGUGGCUGCGUUUGGGAAAGACCCAAAUCAUCGCCGAGCUCGAGUUGUUGCCCGUACUUGCAGGACUUUCUCACUAUGCAAAAGCUGUUCGUGGAAGGAGGGUCUUGUGGUUUGUGGACAACAAUUCCGUUCGAGACAUGCUAGCUAAGGGUUCUUCGCCUACCCUUGAACUCUUUACUAUGCUGGUGGAGGUGGGCAGACUCACCCACAUAGUUCAGGCGAUGCUUUGGUACUCGCGUGUGCCUUCCAAAAGCAACAUCGCGGAUCUCCCUUCAAGGCAGCUGCCAGAGCAGGCGGCGAAGCUAAUUGAGGGAGUCGUUGGCCCGAAAUUGUUCUUGGAGGAAGACAUGAUCAAG